CCCGGCGUGGAUGGAGAUGCAGCGGCUAGUGGGGGGCUGGGUCCGGAUGCAGGCGCGGGUGCACCUCUCGGCCUCGUCGGGGCACUGAGAUGAAGGUCUGGCCCCCUGAGCAAGGGAAUGGAGUUGGCGAUUCAGACGAUGCUGCGGUGGAGACAGCUGAGGAAGCAAAGGAGCCCGCCGAAGCUGACAUCAAUGAGCUCUGCCGAGACAUGUUCUCCAAAAUGGCCACAUACUUGACUGGGGAGCUGACAGCCACCAGUGAAGACUAUAAACUCCUGGAAAAUAUGAAUAAGCUAACAAGCUUGAAGUACCUUGAAAUGAAAGAUAUUGCUAUAAACAUCAGCAGAAACCUAAAGGACUUAAACCAGAAAUAUGCCGGACUACAGCCGUAUCUGGAUCAGAUCACUGUGAUUGAGGAGCAGGUGGCAGCUCUGGAGCAGGCAGCCUACAAGUUGGAUGCUUAUUCAAAAAAACUGGAAGCCAAGUACAAGAAGUUGGAGAAGCGAUGAAAAAUGUGGUCAUGUGGAUCAGGUGGUUUGUUUUUUUAAUAUGGAAGAAUGUCUUAUAACCACUAAAUCCUGAGGCUGAUGAAUCACCACAGCUCCUCAAAAGAAAUCUGUGCUGGUGAAUCCCAAAGCCAUGCGAUGCUGGAUGAACUGGAGGGCUGUGGCCGCUCCCGGGUCUCCUCCGAGGCGGCACCUCACAAGCUCAGACCUGGAACUCCUCCUCCUCCUCAGCUUUGACUUGAAUGCUUCAUCAUCCGUUCCUUCGAGAGGGAGACUCUAGAGUUGAGGGUGUCCUGGGCUUGCCAGCAGUCAAGUGAGAGCGCUUUCCCUGGUAGUGGUCAGUUAGCAUAUUGUUUUCUCAAUGGCUGGGGUGUUUUGUUUUUUAUUGAUGAUGCUAAUGUAUUGUUAAUAAGAUUCUAAAUUAAAAAGGAAAACAAAACAAAU